AUGAGCCAAUUUGUGCCCGGUCGUGGCAUAUAUGCGGAUAUCAAAACACGACUAAUUCCGUACUAUGUCUCAGACAUUACUGAUGGGUUCACAUACCGCGUUAUUCCGGCCGCAGUGUACAUCUUUUUCACCAAUAUUUUACCAGCCAUGGCCUUCGCACAGGACAUGUAUGACCACGCAAAUAAGUCGUACGGCACCAACGAGGUGCUGCUUUCCUCCGCAAUGGCUGGCAUAAUUUUUGGCCUUUUUUCAGGCACUCCUCUAUGCAUUGUUGGAGUGACUGGCCCGAUAUCCAUCUUCAACUACACAGUCUACAACCUGAUGGAGCCUCGAGGGACGCCUUAUUUCCAGUUCAUGUGUUGGAUCUGUCUAUGGAGCAUGGUUUUACAUUUCUUGGUGGCCAUCACCAACAGCGUUAAUUUCAUGCGCUAUGUCACCAAAUACAGCUGUAUCUCUUUCGGUCUGUUCAUUAAUAUCGUCUAUAUCCAGAAAGGAAUCCAGAUUCUGGCACACCAGUUCGCAAUCAGAGACGAUUCGAGCGGUUUCGCAUCGAUAGUCGUGGCCCUCGUGAUGGCCUUGUUUGGUCUUGCUGCUCACUUUUUUGGCACCAAGUCGCACUACGUUCACCCGCUUUUCCGCAAAUUUGUGAAAGAUUACGGCACCCCACUUAGCGUAGUGUUUUUCACAGGAUUUAUCCAUUUUGGAGGCCGUCUAAAACACGUCGAUUUCGCCAGGUUGCCAAUCACUCGCUCGUUUCGUCCUACGUCGCCAGACCGUCCUGAGAGUUGGUACAUUCCCUUCUGGCAAGAUAUAUCCGUUGGUGAUGUGUUUCUGGCACUGCCUUUUGGCAUUUUGCUCACCAUAUUGUUCUACUUCGAUCAUAAUGUUUCUUCUCUGAUGUGUCAAUCAGACGAAUUUCCUUUGAAAAAACCAAGCUCAUUCCACUACGACUUCAUGUUGCUGGGGAUCACCACAGGAAUUUCUGGAAUCUUGGGAAUACCAGCCCCGAACGGCCUCAUUCCUCAGGCUCCCUUGCACACAGAGGCGCUCUGUGUCCAUGAGCACGAUUAUGCUACCGGCAAAGACAGGGUGGUUCGAGUGGUCGAACAACGGCUCAGCAACAUAAUACAGGGCCUCCUGACACUGGUAUUGAUGACCAGACCCUUUCUGGUGGUUUUAGGCCAGAUCCCCCAGGCAGUUCUCGCCGGAUUGUUCUUCAUCAUGGCGAUUGGAGCCUUGAAUGAGAACGAGGUUGUGCAAAAACUCCGGUUUCUUUUCACAGAUCCUCUCUCAAGGGAAAACAUGGGUUUUCCCCGCCACUACUUUCUGCUCCAGAGGAAAUGGUUUCUGAUUUUUCUAGCUUUGCAACUGACAGCCUUUGGCUUCGAGUUCGGCAUCACGUGCACAAAGGGCGCCAUAGGGUUCCCUGGCGUCCUGAUGUUCUUCAUGAUUCUUGCAAUUUACUUUCCGACCUUUAUUCCGCAGGACCAGAUGAGAAUGCUUGAUUCGCAAGCUGCGGACGACUUAAUUUUGAAAAGCCUCAAGGCUUCCUUGGGUGAUGACUUGCUUGAGUUCCAAACGUGUGUGAAAAAGUGUGAUAUUACCACUUGCAAUGGCAUCUCAAAAUACUCUGAUGUCUCAGAGAAGGAGCUCCUGCGUUGGAAGUCUCAACAGCAAAAGUACCACAUGUUCCAAGAACUGCCGCUCUCGUGGGACUUACGACUUAUCGGCUGGGACUGCUUCUCUAAUUGCGACUACCAAUGCCAGCGAAUCGUAACCAAGGACCGACAAAGCAAGAAUCUCGAGGUCUACCAGUUUCAUGGAAAAUGGCCGUUUGUUCGUGUCUUUGGAAUCCAGGAGUUUUUCAGCACCAUAUUCAGUAUUGGGAACUGGUUUCCUCACUAUUGGGGAGCCAAGAUGAUAUGGAACCAAUGUAGGAAGGAGAUUAGAGCUGGAAACACGCAAUUCGUCAAGCUAUACACGGCAUACAUGGUCGUAGCUGUCGUGGCAAUGUGCGCUUGGUUUUUUUCUACAUUGUUCCAUCUGAGAGACACAUGGAACCGAGAGAGACUGGACUAUUUUUUUGCCGGAGCCACCGUGCUGUCCGGCUUCUACGCUGUCGUCGUUCGUGUGUUCAAACUCUAUCUUCCAAAAAAUGAUUUCAAACGUCAAGUUCUCGCAGCCGGAACGCUCCUUGCAUACUUCCUCCAUGUUGGCAGGCUUUUGAGUGACUGGUCUUACACUUACAACAUGCAAGCUAACGUGGCCUGUGGACUACUUCAGAAUGUGUUGUGGAUUUAUCAUUCCAUCAACUGUUUCAACAGAUCCAGACGCUCUAUGUCGCUCAAAAGCGACCUCCUGAAUAAAGAGAUCAACUGGACGCUCACACCGCUGGUUCUGGUUGUGAGCGUGAGUGCAGGCAUGUCUUUUGAACUCUUUGAUUUUCCCCCUCUCUUCGAUCUUCUCGAUGCACAUGCUCUGUGGCAUUUUAGCACUAUUUGGCCAGCCCUGUACUGGUACACCUAUAUGAUCAAGGAUGUGGAAGAGGGCCUGAAAGACAGGAAGUACGAAUGA